GUUUCGAAGUGGAGAGCACAUCUACAUGAAACGCUCGCAGCUAGAUGCGGCUCGCGAGGAUGGCGUCAUCCUGAAUCUGCACGGCAGCUACAACACCACGCAUCACGAUGCGAGGAAAUAUUUCGAUGGACUUGACUCGUUGAAUACCAGCGAUUUCGACACCUGCAACCGCUCCGCGAAUAGUUGGCUACCCUCAAGCGAGGAGCUGGAGAACUACAUUAAUUGGACUGGCGACGCAGAUGGAGUCAUACAGGAUGCAGACGGAACCAACACGAUUUGGUGCCCCGACGGUUAUUUCUGGAUCGCACCGGCAUGCCGACACAAUGUGACAAGCUGCAUUGCUACAGUCACCUUUUCAGGCAGGCUUUUCCUCUCCAUGAUGCAUUGGUCCGCUUUCCAUGACUUGCCUUUGGCCCUGGGAAGCUACGCACAUGUCUACGACUUCUUCGCGAAGAUGAAGGAGGGGAAAACAUUGUUUUACUGGUGGGAGCCGGAGAAUUACCGGUUCGACGUGGAGAAGGCGCCUCUGCUCUUACCUAUGUAUAAUGCCAGCGAGUGGGCCAAGGGGAAGUGGAGGACGGAGCAGCCCCCGGGGUAUGUGGGAAAGCUUGUCAGCGCGAAUCUCCAGACCAAGGCACCCCGAGUCCACACCUUGGUCGAGAUGUUUGCUCUUGACACUCGGAUGUUGGAGGAGCUGAACCAGCGCCUGGCUGAGGGCGGAAUCUCGCCCGGUGAUGGUCCCGGGGAAGGAAGCUCCGUGAUCCAUCGCGCGGCCUGCGAUUGGGUGCGGUCCAGUGAGUCUUUGUGGAGGACAUGGAUUCCCACAACGUGCGACGCGGGGUCCGGUCUUGCUGAUGCAGGUGGUCAAUUUCUUCUCAGUCGUGGCGACGAAGCGGUCGGUUGCAGCAUAUGUUCGGCUGGUCGUUUCUCGGAGCCCCUUCUGGACAGCGAAGGCUUCACAUACCGCUGUGCCACUUGCCCCCCGGGCACUUACCAGGAGUUUGCGAACCAAAUUAGCUGCAAUCAUUGUGCCUUGGGUCGGGUCGCCAAUCAGGCGGGUGCCACGGAAUGCGGCCUCUGUCCGCUAGGUACCUUUGCAGAUCAGGAAGGCCGCACGGCCUGCGAGAGCUGCGGGGAUGACAGCUGGACUACGAAGGAGCUGGUGGCAAGCGAUUCGGACGGCAGAAAUGGUGGUGGUGCUCGUCGGUGGAUCGAAGUGCGUGGGACCACCUCCAAGGACGCUUGUGCAUGCGUAGAAGGCCGCCACCUCUGGCAAGGCCAGUGUGAGUUGUGCCUGGAGGGUGCGACUUGCCUUGGACCCACGAACCUCGCGCUCAAGCCGGGCUUCUUCGCUUUCCCCGAGGAUCCCGGCAACGUUUUCCGCUGCUUUGGCAACUCGCAACGCUGCCCGGGUGGACUUCCCGGCAGCUGCGCGGCAGGCCGCGACAACCGGAGCUUGGCCUGUGCCCAGUGCCUGCCGGGGUUCCAGCCACAAGAAGAUGGCCAGUGCCGCGAAUGCGCUGCAACGGACUUUGCCAUCGUCGUUGGCCUUUUUUUUCUCGGGGUUUUGGUUGUGGGCUGUCUGCAUGCUUCUCUCAUCGCAGAGGCCGGCCAUGGCAGGCAGCAUGGGAGCCUGCUGAAUGCUGCAUUUAGCUUCAGCCGACUGGUGACGUUGGCUCAGGUGUUUGGCAUCAUGCGCAGAUUGCGGAUUCCGUGGGAGGAGCCUUUUCUGCUUUUGUUGAGGGCUUCAGAGUACCUGUCCUUGGAUGCGCUGGUGUAUUCCUUCAGCCCGAUUCAAUGCAUCCUCCCGGCGUCGGCAGUGGAAGAGUACUUGAUGGCCGCAUUACUGCUCCCGCUUGCCUUCGUGUUUUCUUUGCUGCUCGUGCACUUUGUGUACAUCAUCUGGAAGAGGACUGGUCUGCGCCUGGAUUUGCUGGGGAAGACCGUCGGCUCGUUCUCCAUGCUCUUCCUCAUUUCAAUUCUGUCGUCAAUUCUUGAGCCCUUUUAUUGCUACUCACAUCCGAAUGGAAGCAGGACCAUGCAAUCCCGUAAUGACGUGCUCUGUAACUUCCGUGGUGAGCACCUGGAGAUAUGCAUGGUCGCCUUUGUCAUAUGUCAAGUUCCGAUUGCCUUCUUCGCUACCUGUGUUCGGAUUCUCUUUGUCGAUCUUCCGAAGCGCAUUCAAAAGGCUGACGUCUACUUUGUGAAUGCCUGUUCUUUCCUGACUCUGCGUUACCGCCCGGGGGUAGAGGCCUUCGCGGUUGCUGUCCUCAUCCGGAACGUGCUCGUGACGGUGUCUCCUCUGAUAUCAUCUCAGGCGGGCAGUUUGCUGAUGCUUUGCACAGCCCUGUACAGCACUUUCGGUGGGCUGGCAUUUUGGAUGCCAUGGCGGACGAAGCUGGCCACGUACGGGGAUCUGGCGAUGCAUGCCGGCUUGCUGUUGGUCUUGGACAUGGGCAAGUUCUAUGCUCCCACCGUGGAAGAUGGAUACACGCUAAUGGUCAUUUGUCUUGUGGCUAGCUGCAUCAUGCUCGUCUGGGGCGUUCUGGUAGUCGUGUCGGCCGCGCGGCGCCGCUGCUCAAGGCAACGGCGCUUCCGCUUCGCCCUCAGCCACCACACGCCCGAGGCGGGGACAUUGGCGCGCUUACUGAAGCUCGAGCUGCAGCGAAGGCACAACUUGCGGACCUUUAUCGGUUCUGACGAUCUGGCGGACCUGACGCAACAUUUCACCUGCAUCGCCCGGGACGUCGACACACUGGUGGUCGUGGCAGGCCGCGAAUUCUUGCUGCAGAGGUGGUGUGUCGGUGAGGUGGUGACAGCUAAGGCCCACAGUGUUGAGGUUGUGCUGCUUUCUAUACCCGGUUUCGUCAUGCCCGAUCGGCAAUUCACCGAAGCGUACGAGACUUUCGUGCCGCGUGUUAAGGAGCUUGCGGUCCAUGCAAUAGCUCUUGAACAGAUUCAAGACACGCUCACAUGGUUGAGUUCUGUGGAGCGCUUCGACAUGGUUGACUGCGAUCCUGAGAUGCUGACACGCACAGUCGGAUGGCUGGUCGGCAACGACAGCAGCGGUAUGCAACGCUCCGCCGUCGUGCAGGCCAGCCUUUCCACAAGCGUUGAACAGACCACGUACCUCGUCCUAGCGGACACGACGCGCAUAGAGGCACAGGCGGCAGCGUAUGCCCUCAACAUGGUGUUAGGCACGAAGAUGUUAGAGCUGUCCUUCAAGGGAUCGCUACAUGUGAUGCGUCCCGGGGACACGGCUGACUGUAUGUCUUCCUCGGGCACCGCACAGGCGUUGCUUCUCUGCACGGCAGGGUGUUUGGAGGUACCUCAGGUGGCCUCUUGGCUCCUACAGCUGGGCCACCAUCACUCCAGCUGCAUCCUGCCACUUGUUGUGGAGGACUCCUUUCAGAUCCCCUCCUUCGAUCACAACAAGCUAGCCGGCCUUUCCCUUGGCGACGGACAGGAUGGCUUGGACGAAAAUCUGUACAGCAAGGUCCUGGAGGCAGCCUUCCAUGAGAUUUCCGUGCCUUUCAUGCCCAGGAGCUCCAACGAAAGGCAGCUGGACCUUCAGGCGAAGAUCAUCGUCGAACGCCUCUCGCAGCAUCGGGAGCCACUCCAGACAAGACCUUCCAUGACCGUCUUCCCAGGUGCGGUCGUGGAAGACUCUCCGAUGGUCGAUCUGUCCUUCAGUGACGGCUCCGAAUCCACAGUUGAGAUCUAA